AGUCGUGUUUCUUUCAAGGAGGCACAUGGUGCCUUUGCUAAGUCGGUGGCUCCUCGAUGGGCUUCAAGAAAGGUCGUGCAGCGCGGUCUGCAAACCUGCUGGCCGCUCCUGGCGACGCCCCUCAGGACAGGUUUGCCGCGGAGACUUCGCCCGUGAUAGUGCGACAUGAUGGCGGCACUUGUGUGAUCUACGUGGAUCCCACCGGUUCGGAAUAUAAUGUCGACGUGGCCCUGAUGGAGCAGUUGAACACGCGCACAGGCACUCGCAGACGUGUCUUUCGGCUGCAGGGACACGGCAGGGUCUGGCCAGUGUGGCAGUUCGAGGCUGCGACUGAGGGGUGCCGGAGAUACACGCCUCCGAAGUGCGUCGUCUUCGCCUUGGAGGAGCGCUUCAGGAUUUUACAUGAGGAUUGUGCUGACCACUCUGGGAUGCAUCCGCACAAAGCUGCGGUUGCCGAGCUUGACGAGGCAGCGCUGUGGAAGCUAGUGGAAUGCUUAGAGGAGGCAUGCUGCGAGAAGGGGGCUGAUGACAUACGCAAGCAGUGGACCUCGGAUAUGCCUACCGAGGAUCUCACGUCUAUGCUUGCUUAUUCGUCCGCGUCGAUCAUGCCCAGUGACCGCAGCCCAGAUGAGUCCCUUGAGCAAGUGAUGACGCUGGUAAGAGCAGUUCUUGUCGACAAGGUCUUACAACACGCACUCGCCGAGCGUGUUUUGCAGGCACCCUGGCCGCACCAGCGGCUAUUGCGGGCUGCACGUUGCCUCCUGCGCUGUGGCUGGAGGCCUCUUCCUUCAAAUUGCCGGUUGGUAGCUUUGGGUAGUGGGAGUCUGUCAUUGUUGAGAUUGUUAUUGGAUGCUGGGGUGGAUGUCUGUGGCCUCGUGCUAUUUGAACCUGGCAAAAAGCGGGCAAAGCAAAGCCAGUCAGAAGGUAGUUGGGUGCAGUGCAGCAAGAAUGCGCUCAGGGCCUUGAUGGCGCGAGGUGCUGUUCUGGGUGAGGGCGCACCGCGUUCGAAACUCUUGAAAAAGCUAGAGGAGGAUGGCGAUGCCCUCUGGGUGGAGCGUGCGCUAGACGGACUGCAGCGAGCGUGCCCAGAGCUUCCAGAUGUUGUUCUCCGUCGUCUUCGAGAAUUCUGUUGAAGUUAGUUGCGUAGCCUCGUGGAGAUUUGCGAAGGGUUCCACGUGUGUACAUAUUCACUUUCUUGUGCCAUUUUUCCGGUGUGUAGAUUGUUGCGCAUCUCCCGCCGAAGAUUUUCACUGUUGGAGACAAAUCAGGGUACAAGAGACCGGGUUUGGAUUCGCCGCCUCCAUACAUAUCCGUUUUGUUGUGUUCUUAGCGCGUCAUAACUAAACCAGCUUGAAAGUCAGCGAGUUCGUUCCGAUUCGGGCUAUAAUUGUUAGUGUCUGUGAGGUAGUUUCGAUACUGGGCAUGUGAGGGCAAUUGCAGGCUGUGUUCUUCCCGGUUUCCCGUCGGAGCCCGGUGUAACGCCGUGCCCGCCACUGAUCGCUUGUUCGUUUGUUAUCGAUGGAGUUGUCCAUUGAUUGGUUUGACUCACUGGUUGGCGUAUGAAUGUCCGUGUACGCGUGCC